UCCUCACAAUCCACACUAUUCUUCUUUUUGGAUCUCUUGGAAACUGAAACAUUCGCCAACCAUUUCUCGAGUGAUUACUGCACAACGGCACGCAGCAGCCGGCCAUUUUGUGCCGACGACACCCAGCGAACUCGUCGCAGCAACGUCCUACCACAUGCACCGGGCAGCGCGCGCGGCGGGCGGGAACAUGGCGGCGGUGGCUAGAACGAGCCGGUUCUCGCAGCACCAACGCCGUCAAACACUGUCUCCACCCUGAACGGAGCGGCGGGCAAGGAGGACAUCGAGGCACCCUACUGCCACCGAAGCCGGGGAGUUUCCCACCACUGGUAUCGCCACUAUCGCAUCUGCCCUUCGGAACCACCGCACGCAUCCGAGUUGCCCUGUUUUGCAGACCGCUUCGUCGCCUCAGUUCAGUCUAUCAUUUCUUACAGGAUGUCGGGCUCAGAAUACACUCUGACUGGUUUCAGCGACUUCUUGGAGGGCCGACGCGUCACCUUCGUCGAUCCUCUACCGAGCAUGCGAGUCUGCGGCCUCUGCGACAGGGUGCCUUCCCGCUCACUGCUCCUGUCUUGCGGCCAGGUUUUGUGCGAGCCAUGCAGAAAUCAGAUCAAAGAGCAGGAACCGUGCCCUUUCGACGGCAAGGACUGCUUCGCGGGUAACUUCGUGCCGCAGGAUUACGAGUUGGCCGAGUUGGAUGAGUAUAGAAUUCUGUGCCCCAACAGUGAGGACUGCGCCUUCACCGGUACUCUGUCCACGCUUAUGGAGCACCUCGUCAAUUGCAGCAGCGAAAAGGCAGAAUGUCCGAAGUGCAGCCAGCGCGUCGCUCUCAGUGUCGCCAUUGACCACAGACGAUGUUGCUCGGGAGCCGCUGCUGCAGGACAGGAGGCGAGUACAGCCGUGGCAUACAGUGGCGUCAUCCGAGAGGUACAAGAUAUCAUGGAGGGUCUCGAAACACUGAUACAGCGGGUGCCCGGCGACGUUCUUGACAAGGACUAUGUGACCGAGUACGUCAACUCGAUAGUGAAGCGGAUCACCGUUCUUGAACGUGACAUCACAAAAGGCCAGCAACAUCCGGUGGGCAGCAGCCAAAAGCGAAAGUUGUCCUUAGCCAUGGAACCACCACCGUUCGCUCUGACGCCUUGCCGUGCCGCUUCCAGGCGGAACGUUCACGUCACUAUGUGCUCCUUCGACGUCCAAGGGAAACUGGAAUCGUUGGACUACAACAAAAGCCACAACAUAACGCAUCCUCCAACCGUGCUGGAUGGUUACUUAUUCCGGCUUGAAUGUGUUCUCAAUAGGGAGGAGAACGGGGAAUCUACUGUGCGCUUUAAGUUUUCGCUCGGCGAAGGCAAAUGGGACGGCCGCUUGAUUUGGCCGUUUGCCAGAGUAGUAACAGUCAUCCUCACGCACCCCAAUGAUUCCGAGAGAGACAUCCCGCUACCAGUGUACCUGCCUGAUCACGAGAUGGUAAAGAAGCCGGCGCCUGGCACUUGGAAUCAAGGCAACACUACCGGUACAGUUUCCUGGGAACACGUUGAACUCAAUGGAUUUGUGGAUGGUGGCAGCAUAUACGCGAAUGUGGAGCUCACUUAAACGAGUCAUUCAUUUGCCCUGUUUAUGAUCCCAGAAUUUCGUUAUCUUUCAAAUGGGCAGCAAGGACAAAAGAAAUGGCGUUACCUGCUGCAUGACCUCGAAAGUGGCUUGCCUUUGCCGUGCAGGCUCACUGCUUUAUCAGAAAAAUAGAUGAAGCCUAGCACCGGCAUAAAGCUAUUUACUAAUGCUUUAACCGCACAAAUACUGCAUCUGCCACGAAAUCCAUUCGUAGUGCAUGCC